AUGAGCGCCCAGGAACAUUCCCCUAGCCACUCUGGUCAAAUCACACCCGUCCAUGAACAGGUCCACGAUGAAAAGAAGACGACCAAGCUCGUCCAAAAUGCGGCUCUCAGCAACGCAACAUCCUUGCAGAGGCCAAGCCUCCUCACAUGGAGAAUGUUAAUGCUUUAUGGAUGUCUACUUGUUGCAACGUUCAAUUCGUGUAUCAACGGAUAUGAUGGCUCGUUGAUGGGUGCCAUUAACAGCUACCCACAGUAUCGUGAAUACUUCAACUUUCCCCGUGAUGGAGGGACUCCAUCAACGGGGAUUGUAUAUGCCAUCUACACAAUUGGCAAUCUUGUUGGCUCCUUCGCUGCAGGACCAGCCACUGACUUUCGGGGUCGUAGGAUUGGGAUGUUCAUUGGCGGCUUGGUAAUCAUCCUUGGAACAUGCGUCCAAGCUACCGCCCAUAAUCUCGCAGCAUUUAUGAUUGGAAGAUUCAUUCUGGGAUUCGGUGUCGCCAUCUGCGCUUCAGCUGGUCCUGCGUACGUUUCCGAGAUGGCUCAUCCUUCAUUCAGAGGUAUGAUGACUGGAAUCUAUAAUACUUUCUGGUUUAUUGGAGGUAUUCCAGGGACAUUCGUCCCUUACGGCACAUCAACAAUUGCCGGCACCAACUCAUGGAGAAUUCCGAUUUGGCUUCAAAUGACAUUCUCGGGCUUUGUCAUAGCAUUUUUAACCUCAAUCCAGACCCCACGUUGGCUCAUGGCCAAUGACCGAACAGAGGAAGCUCUAGAUGUUAUGGCCAAGUAUCACGGCGAAGGCGACAGGAAUUCACCGAUCGUACAGCUUGAGUACGAGGAAAUGAGAAUUGACAUCUCCAAAACAGGCUCCGACAAGCGUUGGUGGGAUUACCGCGAACUAUUCAACUCUCGAGAAGUUCGGUACCGAACAAUGCUCGUGGUCUUCAUGGCUUUCUUCGGCCAAUGGUCAGGAAAUGGCCCUGUAUCAUAUUACUACCCACAAAUGCUCCAAGGAGCUGGAAUUACCGACAACCACACUCGACUCCUCUACAACGGCUGCCAAAACGUCGUCUCCUUCGGCGGUGCUGUCAUCGGCGCCAUCUUCACCGAUAGAUGGGGUCGACGUCGUGGGCUUCUCGUCAGCACCACUGGCAUCGUCAUCAUUUUCUGCAUCAUCACCGCCUUGAACGCCACAAACACUUAUACCGCCGCUGACGGCACCAUCUUAGCCAAAUCAUCUGCCAGCUCCAAAGCCGAAAUUGAAUUCAUUUUUAUCUUCGGGUUCGUGUACUCCGCUGGAUGGACUCCCCUCCAAGCACUCUAUCCCGUCGAAGUCCUGCGUUACGAAAGUCGGGCAAAGGGAAUGGGGUUCUACAACUUCUGGGUCAACAUCGCCGGCUUCUACAACACGUUUGUGACUGGAAUUGCUUUCACCGGCGCGGGGUGGAAGUAUUACUUCCUGUUUAUCUUCUGGGACUGCCUUGAGGUUGCGGUUAUUUAUUUCUUAUUCGUGGAGACGAAGAACAGGACUUUGGAGGAGCUGGCAGAAAUUUUCAGGUCGAAGAAUCCGGUAGCGUUCUCAUUGAAGAAGACAAAGGUGACGGUUAUCAAGGAUAAGCAGGGCAAUGAGGUUCAUGAGAUUGUUGAGAAAUCCGAGGCCUCAUGA